GCCAAGUCCAUUCCUUCCCAAGAAUUAACCCUUCGCCCACAAUCCCCCAUUUUCCGUUUUUUAGAUGUUCGCCAUUUCAAGCGUGACGGCUCUGUUUCCCUCCCCUCUCAUCCUCUCAAUUAUCCUUCCAAUGGCGCCUGGCGUCCUUCUUCUCUGCAGCUAGCCCCCAAAUCAACCCGAUCUUUCCAAUCAUCCCGCUGUUCUUUGAUGCCCAAUUCUCCAUCUCGCAGAGCCAGAGUGCAUCUUGGUUUAGAUACCGGAACUUCCGCCCGGCUGCUGCAGGCGAUUCGACGUCAUACCCUUCUGGCGAAAUCAACGUCAUAUUGGGUCCAACGUUCGCCGGCAAGACCAUCACUCUCUCCACCGGGCGCGGUCAGUCCGAAAGCGAAAAUGGCUGGUCAGAUCCACUGCUCCUUUCACCUAAUUAACCUUCGCCGUAAUCUUCCUUUGGUGUUUCCUUGCCGUUGCUUUCAGGUUGAAAUUUGCUCCUACGAUACCUUUGUUUCUCGGAGAUAUUGGAUGAAGCGCAAGAAUGCAUUCUCACCAGCCUGUAAAUGGUGGGGGAGAAGAAUCCAUUCACAGACUGGAUAUCUUCCCACUGAAUAAAUAUCUUGAGACCAAGCUCUUGAUCCUCUGUCUGAUCCAUUGGAACUCCCUCAAGCGAUGUGCAGAGCAAGCUCGAACAAAUGGACCUCAACGGCUGGACUCCUGACCGAUACACGUUUGCUUCAUGUUUAGAACCUGCAGUACUCUAGCUCCGUUGGAGCUCGGGAAGCAAGCUAACGGCAUCAUCAUCGACUGCAAUGUUAACUACAACUUGGCUGUCAUUAGUGCGUUUACUUAACUAGUAGAUGCACUUCUCUGAUCUUGGGGGUAUGGCUGGCUGGCGUGGAGGAGUUGGAAGAAGUUUUGGAAUUGUGUCGGCCAAAUUAUGUCACUUCCCUUGCUGUGUUAUCUGCUUGUAUAGUAAAAUCCAAGAGUUAUCAAUCAAGAUUCAGAUCAGAUCAAUAAACGGUUAUGGGAUCUAUGAGGAUUAAGCCGAGAGGAAAACACUAUUUUUACCCUCUUGGGUCAAGCCGGCGGACUUGGAGAAGCUUAUCGACCAUCUUCAACUUGGCUACUUUGACAUGGAUCUUGCAGCCAAACUUGACUCCAGAAACGGAGACGCCGAAGAAUCAACUUAGCAAGGUUCUGGUCCGUCAUUUCCGAAGCAUCUGGAAAGCGAUAAGCCUUUUCGGGAUAGUGUAUGACGUG